CAAUUACAGCGCUUGCUUUAGUAACGAUUCGCAGAACCGUUUUGUAAAACAAUCAUCAUGAAAUCCAUCUCGUGUCUGUUGGCCGUUGUUGCCCUCGUGGCGGUGGUGAGCAGUGCCCCCGUUGAGAACGGUGAACAUCGAGUCGUGCGACAGGCAGGCGGAUUUGGUGCCACGGGAUCGGCUGCUAAUGCUGGUGCGCAAUCUUUCAACCAGGGCUUCGGGCAUGGCUUCCCGGGACAUGGUGGAUUCGGUGGAUUUUCGGGAUCGGCUGCGUCGGCCGGUAGCCAAUCGUUCACACAGGGCGGUGGCCAUGGAUUCGGUGGUUUGUCCGGAUCGGCUGCUAAUGCUGGUGCUCAGUCCUUCUCGCAGGGUGCUGGUGGAUUCCCAGGAUUCGGUGGUAGCAGCGGAUCUGCCGCCGGUGCCGGUUCUCAAUCCUUCGGAGGAUAAGCUCUAAACCUCACGAUACGCUACGAUCUUCAUUGGCCAAGUGUCACCCCACGUACGUGGCUCAUCGAUGUAAAACCCGUGCAAUUUAUUGACGCUUUUGACUAUUGACUUCUUGCUCAGGAAUUAUACGUCUACCACCAAAUCAGUCUUCGUUGUUUUCAUGUGUGGAGUGAAAAUAAAAACUACAACCAUUAUC